CAUAGUUAGUUUCAAAAUGGCCGUGUUUGAUCGUACCUGUCUCUCUGUUGCAUUACUGUCAAUCUACAAUUGAGAAGCAAUUGAAAGCUGACCAUAACAGUAGACAAACUAUCGAUAGAAUGAGAUUUAAUACAGGUGUUAUUGCGGUACUCGCAAUUCUUUGCGUGGUUCUACCUCGUACAGCAAUCGGGCUACAUCGGAGAUGUGUGAAUUGUAGAUCAAGAGGAGAGUUAGGAUCAUGCAAGGAUCCUUUCACUAUGAACUCGACAGAGAUCGAAAGGGAAAAAGGGGUCAAUGCUGUGACCUGCGCGUCUGGUUGGUGUGGUAAAAUACUCGAAACACAGGGUUUAAAUAACGAAUAUGGCGAAGCCACGCAAAGACUUUGUUUUCAACGGGGACCCGAUGACGGUGAGGAAAGAUGCGCCUACACAAUGUGGAAUUAUAAAAAGGUUUACAUGUGCCUUUGUUUCGGAGACUUGUGCAAUGGAACGACGAGAUUAAACGUUACCUACGGGUUAAUUGUUACAACGCUUGCUAUAUUAUUUCGACGGUUCGUUUGAAAAUACUAGAACUGAAUUGAAUGUACAUUAUUGUAUAAAUAGUUCCUUGUAUUUUGUACGUGACAUGAUAUGUUCUAUCCGAUACGUUAAUAAGCUGAAACGAACGAGAAGCCUGUAAAAAUUGUACGCUAAUUUUAUUUAUAUCUUAUGUAUGAUAAUCACAUAAAAUUGAGGUAUACAUAUUUCACAUAAUAAAAUCUGAGCGGAACGUUAUACAGAA